AUGCCCACGCCUUUUCGCUCCGCUGCUCAUAAUGUGGCUGAGAUAGGCAGUCUUGAACAAUGGAACUGUGUCGGCUUGCAGAAAUCCAGAUCUUUUAGGGAUCGCCUUGACGCCAGCCCGAAUAGCGAAAUAAACAUAAAUGAUCUAUUUCCAUCGGUAUCCACCCUAAAUCUCUCUCUCUCUCUCCCCCCCUCUGCCCCUCUCUCUCUCUCUCUCUCUCUCUCUCACACUCUAUCUGUCUCUCCCUCUCUCUCGUUCAGUACCCUGCCAAAUUUGGUAUUAAUUUAUAAGGGCUCUCAACAACGGCGCUUCGCUCAGUGCUUUCACUUAGAACUGUCCAUCUCUUUCUUUCUCUCUCUCACUCUCUUUAUGUAUGUAUCUAUCUAUGUUUAUAUAUCUAUCUGUCUAUCUAUCUCAGCCUCAGCAUAUCGCUCUCAAUCUGUUCAUAUCAAUGUCUAUCUAUGUAUCUAUUUAGCUAUGUUCAUAUCUAUUUAUCUAUAUAUCUCUAUCUCAGCCUCUUCAUAUGUUUCUCUGUUCGUCUCUUUCUCUCUCUCUCUCUCUCUCUCUCUCUAUCUAUCUAUAUCUCUCUAUGUAGCUAGCUAUGUUUAUAUCUCUGUAUCUGUAUCUAUCUAUCUCUAUCUCUCUCUCUCUAUAUAA